AAACAGAGAACCCCGUCAAAGGCAAAGGCAAAGGCAAAGGCGAGAGAGAGAGAGAGAGAGAGAAAAAGAAAAGCAAAGAAAGAAAGAAAGAUAAAGAGGGGGGAUUCAAGGAAGAAGAAGAAGGGUUUCUGUGCAGCUGGGUGACCAUGCAGACAGGCGAGCAUCCUCCACACUCGCAACAGUUAGUGCUGCACAACUCAGGAAGCAUGAGUUUCAGCAGCAACUUCUCCAGAGAAGACGAGGAGAUGUCAAGAUCGGCUCUCUCUACUUUCCGGGCCAAGGAGGAAGAGAUUGAGAAGAAGAAGAUGGAGGUCAGAGAGAAGGUUCAAGCGCAUUUAGGCCGCGUUGAAGAAGAAACCAAGCGUUUGGCCACGAUUCGUGAGGAACUUGAAGCGCUAGGCGAUCCAACGAGGAAAGAAGUUGCAUCAGUCCGUAAGAAGAUUGAUGCCGUGAACAAAGAACUAAAGCCAUUAGGGCAUUCUUGCCAGAAGAAGGAGAAAGAAUACAAAGAUGCUCUUGAGGCUUACAAUGAAAAGAACAGGGAAAAAGUACAACUCAUAACCAGGUUAAUGGAGCUGGUGAGUGAAAGUGAGAGGCUGAGGAUGAAGAAGCUGGAGGAGCUGAGCAAGAACAUUGAUUCAUUACAGUGAAAUAGCCUGCUGCUAAUAACUGAUUAGGUUUGUGUAGGUUUGUGUGAUGUAUUCAAGUGCUGUUUUCAUAUUUACAAGUGGGUGUUUUCGGUUUGGUGUAUUCUAUGGUGUUUUUGUUUGUUUCAUUAGCAUUUCUUAAACACUUGGCUGAUUUUAGAAGGGAAAUACCCCACAAACACCUUUUAAGGGAAAUGCCCUACAAACAGCUUUGUAACUAAAUGUAUUUGGAUCUAGCAUUUUCUUCUCAUUUUUCUUUAUGUUCAA